GCCAUAACACGCGACAACCCCACCACGUCAUUGCCUCCGCCCGAGUCGGGGCUUCGUUGGUGGCUUUUCGGCCACUAAUGAUUUUCUCGUCUUGCCAAAACUUUGGCAUUAUUUUCCACGACUGACACCUCCUAAACUAGAUUGGCAGAGAGAAUAUCUGGCGAGCUUUCAGGAACUUUACCAUCAUUUCCUGUCUUCCUAAUAAACUGCGCCCUCUCAGACGGCAUAGACCCGAUUGGUCCCCCAGAUACCCCUCUCUCAAGGCCCCAUCAGAACCGACCCGAACCAACAAGAAGCAAGGCCCACCAACAUUACCCAGACUGCCGCCUUGCAUUACCGACCGCGGUGCUCUGGACAACAACAGGCCUUGCAUGCAACGACCACGACCGUAACCUUUUUCAACUUAUCAAGUGUUGUCCGCGGCUUUGUUCCUUUGAGGUCACCAGGCCCCGCGCGAGCGCCCGAAACCUCUACGUCGGAGGAGGAAACGUUCCGCCAGUUUGCACCGCCGACCAAACGGAGCACUCACCUACAUCGCUUUGCGCACGUGCAAAGACCCGCGUCGACCAAGACAGCCCGAACUGGUACAGAUCGAACAGAAAAACGUACAAAAUGCCUUUGACAGCGGUCCAGAAGACGCUGUCGGCGCAGUUCGUCCACAUGACGGCCACGAACGACAAGGUUGCGCAAAAGUUUUUGAAGAAUGCCAACUGGAAGCUGGACAUUGCUGCUGAUGCUUACUUCAACAGCAACCCCAACAUGGCCACAAGCUCGUCAUCUAAGCCAAAACUAGACAAGAUGUUCAGCGACCUACAAGAUACACAGGAGGACUCACCCGACGAGUUAGGCGCAGGCUCCGCGAUUGAGUAUGCUUCGAGCUUAGGUGUUGACCCGGAGAGCGUCGGCAUCUUCGUGCUCAUGGAACUGGUCAAAGCCCCAGCCUUUGGUGUCAUUACCCGUUCAGGAUUUGUUGAAGGAUGGCAAGCUACCAAUGCCCCGGCAUCCAAAUCAGGACAAAAAGACUACAUACAGAGCGUUAUCAGGAAUUUGCCGCAGGACCACGAGCUCUUCAAGAGGGUCUACAGGCAUGCCUUCAUUGCUGGAAGGGAAACACCAGAGCAGCGCGCUCUGCCUCUCGAGAAUGCUCUUGUAUACUGGCAAUGCUUCUUUGGUCCAGAAAUGCCACACAGCAAGCCGUGGGUGGCAAAGUCUAGUCAAAGUGGGGGGACGACGGAUUUCCUCGACCUUUGGACAGAGUAUCUCAAGAACAACUGGUCGCGGACGGUUUCCAAGGACAUGUGGAACCAAACCCUCGACUUUGCUGUCAAGAGCACUGCGGAUUCGACAUUGAGCUUCUGGACACCGGAGGGAUCAUGGCCAUCGGUCAUUGAUGGUUUUGUUGAGUGGCUUCGCAACAAGGGAAUUGGUGUCGCAUCAGGCAUGGAAGUCGACUCCUGAUGUAUCCUCGGACACAUUGCGACCAUGACAGCUGGUCCUAGGACAUAUUCUAGAGGGUCGGUCUUGGCCCCUUGAUAGUGGAGGGGUGUUCUUGUGUGCAUGGAGAGUCGGCGUAUACUGCACCACUUAUCGAAGAUUGUGAUCUGAAUGCGUCCUCCAAAUUGGUGGGUAGUUGCGAAGUACGCAGGAGGUUAUACCCUAUACGCAGCGAUUUUGAUGAAGCAAUAGAUUUUCAUAAAUAUGAAUUUUCUUUGCUCUUGCAUUUCACCCCGGG